UCUAUCUACUCAUGUUUACUGCGUAUUUCGUGGUUUUCAGUGUGUUUAUAUACUUCUUCAAACAAAAUUUUAUUGACCCUGAAAUUUAAGGAAUAUAAAAUUCAUAUUCAUUUAAGUUUUAUGAUAAAGUUUAAUGUUUGAAAAUAGUCAAUUUAUAGACAUUAUCAGACACUAAUGCAUAUGUGUAGAAAUUGCUGUUAUUAGUUGCUAUAAGAAUGGGCGCUGAAAGGAACUUUGCUCUUAUUAGGUUAAGUUUACAUCGGAUAUUAAACCUAUAGAUGAAUUGGUAUAUGACUGACCGCUCCCGUUCACUAACCUAGGUUAAGGAAUUACUUAAUAGGUUUGAAUUCUUUUUAAUGUGAUAAAAGGAGAUUCCAACAAUUAUAAGACUGUCUUUAAUACUUUUUCAAAGAGACCAAAUAAAUUCCACAAUUAAGAAAAUGAAUAUAAAUUUUUAAGAAAAAAAGUGUACAUAUUUGCGAAUGUUUACUUCGUUAUAAUAAUACAAUAUAUAUAGUAAUAUUAAACUGUAUUAAAAAAUCUCUUCCAUCAUCUUACGAAAAUGAGUACAUGGACUGAAAGAAUACACCGUCGUGCAGCUACAUUUGGAAAUGUUGUUGCAAGUUGUGGUCAUCCUUCCUCUGUAUCUCCUUAUUCCAGACGACUUGAAAAAGUAAAGUUUGGAGUACCUCUAAACGAAGUAUUAAUAUUAAAACUAAAUAAAGAAGCUCCUUUAAGGAAAGAUAUAUUUCGUGCUCCAGGACAUCAAGGGAACAUGAAGAAGCUUAUAUAUUUUUUACAGACUGGUCGACUGAUUAAUAUGGAUAAUUUUAGUGUUUAUACAAUUGCUAGUGCUCUAAAAAAGUUUCUACGUAAAAUCCCUGGAGGAGUUUUUGGACGGGAAGGGGAAAUGCAACUGUUUACUGUAAUUCAACUUGAGAGUAUUGAGCAACAAAGGGACCAAAUUCAUAAAAAAUAUUUCAUUAUGGAAGACGAACUGUAUGUGAUCGUUUUAUUUGAGGAUGGAAUGCAGGUUACACUAAAAGAUUGGACAGUCAGUGAAAAUGGCAAUAUAACUGCCUCUUACUAUCCGAUAAACGUGACGUCACUUGAGCUUCAUAAAUUGUUACUUUCAAAAACUCCAAAAAAAGAUGAAUGGUGUAAAACCGAUGGACAACCGUACCCGAUUAUCAAAGUAUUUGAUACAGCAAAAACUCUCGAAGCAGCGAGAAAAAAAGAAGCUCUGCAUCUACAGUUGUCUGAAGUCGAAAGUGAUGAAGGGAAAAUUAAUGACAAAUUAAAGCAAAGCAGACACUCCAGGUGUGUAAAACAAAUGGUUGAUGAAGAAACUCCUAAUUCAAAUGCCAGUAAGAAAGUACAAAAGCGAAAAAUUUUCUCGAACAUUACCAAUUCUCUGUGGCGGCCAUCAGGAAUUGAGAAAAAGAAGAAAUAUAAUGCUGGUAUUAAUAAGGGCAAUCUUCAUGAUGACAGUGGUGGUAGUGCUACCAAUAAUAAUGAUGCCCCUCAUCAAGAUGACACCAAUUUUAAUGAUCAUGGAAUUUUUGAUGACAACCUUUAUGAUGCCGAUGGUAAUUUCAUAAUUGAUAAUCUUCAUGACGGUAGUACACCAGAAGAUUUAAAUGCAUUGAAGCCAAAUGCUGAUGAAGUCACUGCAACAGAAAGUCUUGAAACAGUCGUUGUUCAUUCUGUUAGAGAAGGAAACGAUUCUCGUGACUCAGUAGGUACUCCUAGUCCGUUAAGAGGAGAUGAUACUUCGAAAGAAACAAAUCCUGCUAAAGUUACUACAACAGAAAGUCUUGAAACAGUCGUUUCUCGUUCUAUUGGAGCAGGAAGCGAUUUGUGCAACUUAGUAGCUACUCCUGGUCCAUCAAGAGGAUAUGGUACUUCGAAAGGCAAUGUUUCUACAACAAAAAAUCUUGCAGUAGGAAAUGAUUCUCACAAUUCAGCAGCUAUUGCCGGUCCAUCAGGACAACAUACGCCAAGAGCGGAUAAUUCGACAAAAGUAAUAUUAAACUCAAUAAAUGAAUUAAAAGUAAUGGUAAUGUCGAACACUGGAAACCAAGGAGCUCCAGAACAAAGAAUUAGAAUACGUGUUAGUUUUGACAACAGGGACAAAGACUUAAAAAAAUUUCCUGUUCAAACUGUUCGUGAUUUGAAAAAGAUGAAUAAGAAGCUAGUUAAUUCAAAUUUUUCAUCAAAAUUGACUAAUGCUCUAGCUGGUCUAGGAUACAGUUGCAACCUGAGUAUCACAGUAAAUAAAAUGAUGAAUCAACUUUUCUCAUAUAAAGUUGGGCAGGAAUACAGCUAUGAUGGAAGAUCGCAAAAGAAGCCGGCCUUCAAACAAUUGCGCUUUAGUACUAUAAUAUGCAACGCGGUUAAUAUGUUGCUUCAAGAAAAACAGUUCUCCCGGGAGGAUGUACACAACUCGAUUAAAGCGUGGUUAUACCAUUGCAAGGGAAAUGAAAUACGUCAACAGGCUAAAUUGGAAGCGCAACGUAGGAGGGAAGAGAAUGAAAGGCUUCAAUUAGAGGAGAGCGAAACUUCAAGUCUAAGCGAGGGUGAAGAUCGAGAUGCAGAGGAAAAAUGAGAGCAAAUGUUUUUAAAAAUUAUAUAUGUUAAAAAUUGUCAACAACAGAAGUGGUUAUAUAAUAAUCACGAUUUAAACCAUUAUUUAAGUUAAUGGGUCUUUUUAGAUUAAAUCACGUGCUAAAAUGCGAUUUAAAAAAUUUAAUUUGAUUUUAUGUUUUUAGUUUAAAUCGUAAAACAUAUCUGUAUUAAAACACACAACACACUGUAACAAGUCGCAUAUUAUAUAUAUUAAUUUA